ACCAGAUGAUCGGUGACGGAGGCAGGCGGCGAGCGAGCGUUUAUUUUGGCUCCGGUGCUCGUUUGUCUCACUGUCGCCGCCAUUUAAACAACACGGAGGCGAUGUGAAAACCGCGGCGACUCGCGGAUUCUACGCCAUGAUUCGGGCGGUUGUCCGAGGCUUCUGGCGACGCGUGGCUUGUUCUUAACGUGUACACCGGAGGAGGGGGGAACAAUGUGAGCGAGCGGCGGACUCGACACAAACUCGGUUCGGGAGAGGUUUGAUCGAGGAGGAGGCGGAGGAGGCGGAGGAGGGGGACUGGGACGAGAGAAGGGUUUGUUGUGCUUUUCAACAGCGCUUGAAAAAACGAGCGCAGACGUUUUUGAAAGAAAAAAAACGUUUGACCAAAACCAAAGUGGCCCAGCGAUGACGGAGCAGAAGGUCAAGUGGGGCUGUGACUACUGCACGUACGAAAACUGGCCGUCUGCAGUCAAGUGCACCAUGUGCCGUGCACAGAGGUCCAUGGGUCCCAUCAUCACGGAGGAGCCAUACAAGAACAGCCCCUUCCUGGAUCCCGCCGUCGAUUGGGACCCUCCCAGAACUGAGAGCGGCAGCAGCCUCCUCAUCUGCCCCGACUCCAGCGCCAGGCCGAGGGUGAGGGCGGCCAGCAUGGCUGAGCUCGCCAGUAAGUGGUCCUGCCAGAUGUGCACCUACCUGAAUUGGCCCCGGGCGAUCCGCUGCACACAGUGCCUGUGCCAACGCCCCAGGACCAGCAGCCCCACCGAGUCCCCCCACACUUCAGGCUGCCGCCCUGCUCUCCACUCGCCCGUGGACACCUGCGAGGAGUACAACGACAGAAACAGACUCAACACCCACCAGCAGCACUGGACAUGCACUGCUUGCACUUACCAGAACUGGCCCACGACCGCAAAGUGCGUGGUGUGUGACCGCCCCAAGCCCAACAACCAGGAGGCCACGGAGCGGGCAGAGUCGGCGGAGCCGUCGCCCGUGAUCAACGAGCGGGAUAGAGGUCGGUGGAUGGGCAGUUGCAGCGGAGGCCAGGGCCAAAGGAGGUCGCCUCCUAUGCCCAAGAGGGAGGACCAUGUUAAAAUGGACUUCCAGAGGAUAGAGCUCGCGGCCGCAGCCAUGAGCAGCAAAGAGGAGCAGGAGGUCGACUUCAAGAAGCUGAAGCAGAUUAGAAACAGAAUGCGGAAAACCGACUGGCUGUUCCUCAAUGCGUGUGCUGGCGUCGUUGAGGGAGACCUGGCGGCAGUAGAAGCCUACAAGUCGUCCGGAGGUGACAUCGCCCGUCAGCUCACCGCCGACGAAGUGCAGCUGCUCAACCGCUCCUCAGCGUUCGACGUAGGUUUCACCCUGGUGCAUCUGGCUAUUCGCUUCCAGCGGCAGGACAUGUUAGCCAUCCUGCUAACUGAGGUGAAUCAGCAGGCAGUGAAGUGCAUCCCCUCCAUGGUGUGUCCCGAGCUGACGGAGCAGAUUCGCAGGGAAAUCGCCGCUUCACUGCAUCAGCGCAAAGGAGACUUCGCCUGUUACUUCCUCUCCGACCUGGUCACCUUCACCCUCCCUGCAGAUAUCGAGGACCUGCCGCCUGCCGUCCAAGAGAAGCUGUUUGAUGAGGUGUUGGAUCGAGAUGUGCAGAAAGAGUUGGAAGAGGAAUCUCCUGUCAUCAACUGGUCUUUGGAGCUGGGCACGCGCCUGGACAGUCGCCUGUACGCCCUGUGGAACCGUACGGCCGGAGACUGUCUGCUGGACUCUGUUCUGCAGGCCACAUGGGGCAUCUACGACAAGGACUCUGUCCUCCGCAAGACCCUGCACGACAGCCUGCACGACUGCUCCCACUGGUUUUACACUCGCUGGAAGGAGUGGGAGUCGUGGUACUCGCAGAGCUUCGGUUUGCAUUUCUCCCUGAGAGAGGAACAGUGGCAGGAGGACUGGGCGUUCAUCCUGUCUUUGGCCAGCCAGCCCGGGGCCAGCCUGGAGCAGACCCACAUUUUUGUUCUGGCACACAUUCUUCGCAGACCCAUCAUAGUCUACGGAGUGAAAUACUACAAAAGUUUCCGUGGGGAAACGUUAGGAUACACGCGUUUUCAAGGCGUGUACCUGCCUCUGUUAUGGGAGCAGAGUUUCUGCUGGAAGAGUCCCAUCGCGCUGGGCUACACGCGGGGCCACUUCUCGGCCCUGGUGGCCAUGGAGAACGACGGCUACGACAAUCGCGGUGCGGGCGCAAACCUCAAUACUGACGACGACGUCACUGUCACCUUCCUGCCGCUGGUGGACAGCGAGCGGAAGCUGCUGCACAUUCACUUCCUGUCUGCCCAAGAGAUGGGCAACGAGGAGCAGCAGGAGAAGCUGCUGAGGGAAUGGCUGGACUGCUGCGUGACAGAAGGAGGAAUGCUGGCAGCAAUGCAGAAGAGCUGCCGCCGCCGCAACCACCCCCUGGUCACCCAGAUGGUGGAGAAGUGGUUGGACAGAUACCGCCAGAUCCGCCCCUGUGCGUCUCUUUCCGACGGCGAGGAGGAGGAGGAUGAAGAUGAGUGAGUGAGUUGGGGGAGGUGAAGAAGAAGAAACUGCAAGCUCCUAACUCUUGAAACUGGACACUAGGCUGUGGGGAGAUUACCUUAUUGUCUUCAUUUCUUCUUUCUUUUCUUUUUUUCCUUUCUCCAAAAUGUAAAUCUUUAACUUGUAAUAAUGCAUGUGUUCUCUGAGCUCUUGUUAGGGAGAAAAAAACAAUAAGACGCCAGCACCGACAAACAGAAUCCUGAUCACUGCUCCUUUUUCAAAGCACAUCAAGUCCAUUUUAUUUUGCCUUCUGUACUCAGAUUUCUCCCUCUUUUUCCUUUUCUUAUCGAAGUAAUCAUCGCAACCUGAGAGAAAAUACUAUGACAUGUAGGAAAAUGUACGUUUGUUUAAGGAAAUCCUGAAGCCGCACUAUUUUGAGAAAUUUAAUUUACAGAAUUUUUGCUUUAAACUGAGAGGAUGCCAAUCCUUGUGUGUGUGUGUGUGUGUGUGUGUGUGUGUGUGUGUGUGUGUGUGUGUGUGUGUGUGUGUGUGUGUGUGUGUGUGUGUGUGUGUGUGUGUGUGUGUGUGUGUGUGUGUGUGUGUGUGUGUGUGUGUGUGUGUGUGUGUGUGUGUGUGUGUGUGUGUGUGUGUGUGCGCGCGCGCAAAAGUUUAAAGAGCCGAUCCCUCUGCAGACCCCCUUUGGAUGUUGGAUUUAUUUAUUUGUUUAGGGAGAGUUAUCGCACGGAGAUGAAACGUCUCGUUUCUGCCCCCGUUUUAUCUGUGUUCUGUUUGAUCCAUUCAAGUCUUGAAGUAUUUUAUUUAAUUUUUUUUGCACAGAUGAAACCUACAUUCUGUGAGGGGGCGUGGGGAGGGACAAAGUGACAAGUACAAGUUUACUGACAUUUUUACGUGUGACUUCGUAGCUCCCGUUCGAGUGGGUGGUGGGGGAAAAAUGAAAAACAGAGAAUACCAAACACUGCCUCUUUCUAUGGAGUGCAUUAAUAUUAAAUUUGACUCACUUGCAUCCUC